AUGGGGAAGGAAGCUGUGGCUGAUCGCGCAAUUCUAGUAGACCCGUCAAGAUGUUGCUGUCUCGUCGUGCCUGUUAUAAGUGUGGCAACAUUGGCCACUAUGCUGUCAUCUUCUACAUCUACUUCCUCGGCUAAUUCUCUUUCUCUAGGCAAGCAACCUGGACACGAAUCCAAUGCUUGCCCGCGGCCUCGUACUACCGAGACCAAGCAGUGCUACCACUGCCAGGGAUUGGGCCACGUCCAGGCUGACUGUCCUACCCUGCGUCUGAACGGCGGCACGAGCGGCCGCUGCUACAACUGCAACCAGCCUGGCCAUCUUGCCCGCAAUUGCCCGAAUCCUAAUGUGCAAGGAGCCGGCCGUGGUGGAGUCGCUGCUCGUGGAGGUUUCAACGGACCUUAUCGCGGUGGCUAUGGCGGAUACCCCAGAGCUGCGACUUGCUACAAGUGCGGUGGUCCCAACCACUUCGCUCGGGACUGCCAAGCUCAGGCCAUGAAAUGCUAUGCCUGUGGCAAGCUGGGCCAUAUCUCGCGCGAUUGCACUGCUCCCAACGGUGGGCCCCUGAGCUCUGCAGGCAAGGUCUGCUAUAAGUGCUCGCAGGCUGGCCACAUCUCCCGAGACUGCCCCAACAACGAAUCCAACAACACACAGUCGGCUGCUGAGACUACUACCUCCGCCCCCUCUGCCCCGGCCGCCACUGCCUCUGCCAGUGCCCCUGUCGUUGAGAGCACUGCUGAGGUUGCUGCCCCUGUUGCUCAGGCUGCUCCGGCUGCCGCAGUCGCUUAG